CUUUUUUUAGACAUAAUGCUAUUGCACACUUAAUAGACUGUAGUAUAGUGUAUACAUAACUUUUAUAUGUACUGGGAAACCAAAAAAUCAUUUUACUCACUUUACUAUUUUGCUUUAUUGUGAUGGUCUGGAACUGAACCCAUGCUACUUGUCAGGUAUGCCUGUAUAGUACAGUACAUUGUAUGAAUAUCCUACAAUUUAUCCAUUUUGUUAUUUGUGGAAACUUGGAUUGUUUCUACUUUUUAGGCUUUUUAGGCUUUUAUGGAUAAUGCUGCUAUGUAUUUACUUGUGCAUGUCUCCUCGUGUACUCAUGCACACAUUUAUAUUGAGUAAAUACCAGGAGUUUAAUAGCUUGGUUUUAGGGUACAUUUAUGUUUAAUGUCAGAAGAUACUAAAUUUUUUUCCAAAGUGUUUUGUAACAAUUUACAAUCUCAUCAACACUUCUGCAUUUCAAUUUUACCAACACUUUAUAUUGUUAAUCUUUAAUUUUAGUCAUUUUAGAGAGUGUGUAGUGGUUUUAGUUCCCAUUUGCCAGUUUCCAAAUGUAUCAAUUGACUCCCCUUUUUUUCCUGAGUAUGGAUCACAAUCUCCUCUUUCUUUGUGUAGGAUAUAAUUUUGCUUGAAAACUGGACAUUAUAUUAACAUGUUUUAGUGACUCCGGUUUCUGUCAGUGUUUUUCUGAGAUUUGUUGGGUGAGGUUUAUAGUCUGAUUUUGAUGCUUGCCCUGUGGUUUUCUUCUAGGGAUUCCACUAGUUUUCAUCUGUUCUCCUGAGCUAUGGUUCUGUCCUCUGGCACUUCAGCCUUGUAGGGCUUCACCUUCUUGUUGCCCAAAUGGUGCACACUUGAGAAAUGCACUCUGUUGAAAAAGCAUCAGUAGUACAGCUCUGUUUUUCAAGUGUAAAAAUACUGGCCUCUGCCAGAUUUUUUUCCCUUGGCCCCUGCAGUUCUCUUUGCAUACUUCGUUCAUCAGUCAUCUGGUGAUUUGAGCAAAGUUUAUACUGAUAAUUUUUUCACUACUUCUCUGGUUCUCUCACUGCUAGUUCUCUCACUUAAAUUUCUAUUUCUAUUUUCAGCUGCUUCUCCAGGCCUAAAAUCUGAUAAUAAUUCUGUAUUAUCUUUUUCCAGAGAUAAUUUUUGUUUGCUUGUGCCUCACCUGGGGUGACCAGCAAUCUGGGAUUACUUUAUUUAAAUUUUAGGGAUUGAGUUUGUUUUGUUUGUUUGUUUUUGUUUUAAUUUGCUCAGCUAAAGUCUUUAGGUAGGGCUGCAGUACAUGCAAGGACUUGUUUACUUCUGGCUCACUAGAGUUUAGUCCUUUGGAGUCUCAGUUUAAUAGCGGGCAGUAUUCAGUAUGGUUCCCACCAUUUCUGAACCUUGCAUUCCUGUUUUGGUCCCCUUAGCUCUAAAACAACGUCAGGAAUUAUGAUCAGUUUCUCAGCUGCCUCAUCUGUAUUGGUAAAAACCCCCAAGGCAAAGAAACAUCCUUGGAUGCUGGGUUUGUAUCAGUAGGUUUCCAUCCCAUCUUGGAUCUUGGCCAGGUCAUUCUUUACUGUUGUGUUAACUUUUUGGUGCCUUCAAAUUGAUAGUUUUUUAAAUAUUUUGUUCAGUUUCUCUAGUAGGUACUUCAGUAGGAGGAUUGUUAAGUUAUUUACUAUUCUGCUAUUACUACAGUUAUUUCGAGAAUGUUUGGAUUGAUGGGUGCAUAUAGUGUCAUUAUGGUAAUGAUUAAAGCUUUUGGCUUGGGUUUUUUCUAUGGUGGCUUCAUUACUAAGUAUGUUGUGACGUGGCAGAGAUGCUGCUGGCUGCUCUGACAUACGUAAUUCUCAUGGCUAUUAUUUCCACUGAAGAGUGUAUCUUUCCUAGUACUUGGAAACAUCCUGGGAAGGAUUCCCAAUUUCCCACACUGGCCUGCCUCCUCAUCUAUGAACAAAUUGCUGUGGCUGCCUGAGGAAUUCUCAUCAGUCUGGAUGCCACUUGUUCAUCCCUCAGUCCGGAGGCCUAUGGUGCCACUUUAACAGUUUGAGUUAAUUUCGAAUGAGAUUGUUUUUGCAACGAGAUGUUAAUAAGACAAAAUCUAGAAAUAAACCAUCCCCUGCCCCCGCCCCGUGGUCACGACUAAAUGUGUUAAAUGGGCUUGCCAACAAUAUGGAUGAUUUGAAGAUAAACACCGAUAUUACUGGUGCUAAAGAAGAACUCCUAGAUAACAACAGUUUUAUCUCAGACAAAGAGAGUGGAGUUCAUAAACCAAAAGAUUGUCAGACAUCAUUUCAGAAAAAUAAUACACUCACUCUGCCUGAAGAACUGUCAAAGGACAAAUCUGAAAAAGCCUUAAGUGGAGGCCAGUCUACUCUAUUUAUACAUGCUGGUGCUCCUACUGUUUCUAGUGAAAACUUUAUCUUGCCUAAAGGAGCUGCUGUUAAUGGACCAGUUUCACACUCCUCCUUAGCUAAGACUUCCAGUAUGAAUAAAGGCAGUGUUUCAUUAACCACUGGACAACCUGUGGAUCAGCCAACAACAGAAUCUUGUUCAGCUUUGAAGGUGGCACCUGAUCUUCAGCUAUCUACACCACAGAAAGCAAAUCAACACCAAGUUUUAUUUUUGUUAUCAGAUGUAGCACAUGCUAAGAAUCCAACCCAUUCCAUUAAAAAACUACCUACCUCUGCUUCCGUUGGUUGUGACAUUCAGAAUUCAGUAGGGAGUAGUAUAAAGUCAGAUAGCACUUUAAUAAACCAAGUAGAGGUGGGUGAGGAUAGUGAUGAUUUAUUGGUAAAAGAUGAUUGUGUCGAUACAUUAACAGGAAUCUCCUCAGGUACAGAUGAAUUUAGGUCAGAAAAUGAGACAAACUGGGAUCCCCAAAAAGAGUUCAUUCAGUUUCUUAUGACUAAUGAAGACACAGCGGAUAAAGCUCCAGUUCACUCCAAAGUAGGUCUAGAAAAAAAGAGAAAGCGGAAAAUGGAUGUAAGCAAGAUAACUCGUUACACUGAAGAUUGCUUUAGUGAUUCAAAUUGUGUACCCAAUAAGUCAAAAAUGCUAGAAGUAGACUUUCUAGAACAGAAUGAAGAACUACAAGCAAUAGACUCACAGAAAUAUGCAUUAUCAAAAGUGAAGCCUGAAUCAACUGAUGAAGACUUGGAAUCUGUGGAUGCUUUUCAGCAUCUAAUUUAUAACCCAGAUAAGUGUGGCGAAGACAGUUCACCCGUUCAUACUAGCACUUUUCUUUCUAAUACCUUAAAAAAGAAAUGUGAAGAAAGUGAUUCCGAGUCACCUGCUACUUUCAGCACCGAAGAGCCAUCAUUUUACCCCUGUACAAAGUGCAAUGUGAAUUUUAGGGAGAAGAAGCACCUCCACAGGCAUAUGAUGUAUCAUUUAGAUGGGAAUAGCCACUUUCGUCAUCUUAAUGUCCCAAGGCCAUAUGCUUGUAGAGAAUGUGGACGGACAUUUCGAGAUCGUAACUCACUUCUAAAGCAUAUGAUUAUUCACCAAGAAAGAAGACAGAAGUUGAUGGAGGAAAUUCGCGAAUUGAAAGAACUUCAGGAUGAAGGAAGAAGUGCACGAUUACAGUGCCCUCAGUGUGUGUUUGGUACCAAUUGCCCUAAAACAUUUGUGCAGCAUGCUAAAACCCAUGAAAAAGAUAAAAGGUACUACUGCUGUGAAGAGUGUAACUUCAUGGCAGUGACAGAAAAUGAAUUAGAAUGCCAUCGAGGCAUUGCCCAUGGAGCGGUGGUAAAAUGCCCUAUUGUCAGUUCUGAUAUAGCCCAGAGAAAAACGCAAAAAAAGACUUUCAUGAAAGACUCUGUUAUAGGAUCAUCCAAAAAAUCAGCUACCUACAUAUGUAAGAUGUGUCCUUUUACGACUUCAGCCAGAAGUAUUUUAAAAAAACACAUGGAGUACUUGCAUUCAUCAUCAUGUGUUGAUUCAUAUGGUAGUCCACUUGGACUUGAUAAAAGAAAAAGUGACAUUCUUGAAGAACCUAUAGAUAUUGAUAGCACUAAACCUUUAAUUAAACAACAGUCAACCACAUUUCCAAAGAACUCUGCUUUAAAACAAGAUGUAAAGCGAACAUUUGGAUCAUCCUCACAAUCAGGUAAUUUUUCCAAAUUCCAUAAGCGGCCACACAGAGUACAAAAAGCUCGGAAAAGCAUUGCCCAGUCAGGUGUAAAUGUGUGCAAUCAAAACAAUUCUCACAAGACUGUUAUGAUUAAAAGCAGCACUGACCAAAAACCUAAGUAUUUCCAUCAAGCAGCAAAAGAAAAAUCUAAUGCCAAGGCGAAUAGCAACUAUUUAUAUAGACACAAAUAUGAAAACUACAGAAUGAUCAAAAAAUCAGGUGAAUCGUAUCCUCUACAUUUCAAAAAAGAAGAAGCCAGUUCACUAAACUCUUUACAUCUGUUCUCAUCAUCAAGUAAUUCUCACAACAACAGUUUUAUUUCAGACCCUCAAAACUCUGACACGAAAAGGCCAGAAAGCUUCAGAGAACACAGGCGUGUAGCUGUAAAGAGAGUAGUUAAGGAAUCCAAGAAGGAAAGUUCUGUUGGAGGAGAAGACUUGGAUAGCUAUCCAGAUUUCUUGCAUAAAAUGACUGUUGUUGUUUUGCAAAAACUUAAUUCUGCUGAAAAGAAAGAUAGCUAUGAAACAGAAGAUGAAAGUUCCUGGGAUAAUGUUGAGCUAGGUGACUACACUACACAGGCCAUAGAAGAUGAAACCUAUAAUGAUAUUAAUCAAGAACACGUAAACUUAUUCCCACUUUUUAAAAGCAAGGUAGAAGGUCAAGAGCCUGGAGAAAAUGCUACCCUUAGUUAUGACCAGAAUGAUGGCUUUUAUUUUGAAUAUUAUGAAGAUGCUGGAACUAAUAACUUUUUGCAUGAGAUACAUGAUCCUCAGCAUUUAGAAAAUGCAGAAACUUCAUUGUCAAAGCAUAGUUCUGUUUUUCACUGGACUGAUCUGUCUCUUGAGAAGAAAUCAUGUCCUUACUGCCCAGCAACAUUUGAAACAGGUGUUGGGUUAUCAAAUCAUGUUCGAGGACAUCUUCACAGAGCUGGAUUAAGCUAUGAAGCCCGUCAUGUUGUAUCACCGGAACAAAUAGCCACAAGCGACAAAAUGCAACAUUUCAAAAGAACUGGCACAGGGACACCUGUUAAGCGAGUUAGAAAAGCUAUAGAGAAGUCUGAAACCACUUCUGAACACACUUGUCAGCUCUGUGGUGGUUGGUUUGAUACUAAAAUUGGAUUAUCGAAUCAUGUUAGAGGCCAUCUGAAAAGACUUGGAAAGACCAAAUGGGAUGCUCAUAAAUCUCCAAUCUGUGUUUUGAAUGAAAUGAUGCAAAAUGAAGAAAAAUAUGAAAAAAUCUUAAAAGCAUUGAACAGUCGUCGUAUUAUUCCCAGACCAUUUGUAGCUCAAAAACUUGCAUCAAGUGAUGACUUUCUAUCUCAAAAUGUUAUACCUCUUGAAGCAUACCGUAAUGGCCUAAAGACUGAAGCUUUAUCAGUGUCUGCAUCAGAAGAGGAAGGGCUGAGUUUCUUAAAUGAAUAUGAUGAAACAAAACCAGAACUGCCCAGUGGAAAAAAGAAUCAGUCUCUUACACUGAUAGAACUGCUUAAAAAUAAAAGGAUGGGAGAAGAAAGGAAUUCUGCUAUUUCUCCUCAAAAAAUUCAUAAUCAAACUGCAAGAAAGAGAUUUGUUCAGAAGUGUGUUCUUCCAUUAAGUGAAGACAGUCCGUUGAUGUAUCAGCCACAAAGAAUGGACUUGACUAUGCACUCAGGUAUGCCUGUGAAGCUUAGAACAUGUGUGCAUUGCAAUACGACGUUUACAAGUGCUGUUAGCCUGUCCAACCACUUACGCGCUUAUGCACGAAAGAAGAGUGCUGGACUUUUGACUGGUACAGCCUUAGAUUGUAAGCAAAAGAAAUCAAGGUCAAGAUCUGGAAGUAAGAAGAAAAUGCUAACGUUACCUCAUGGUGCUGACGAGGUUUACAUUCUCCGAUGCAGGUUUUGUGGCCUAGUCUUUCGUGGACCAUUGUCUGUUCAGGAAGACUGGAUUAAGCACUUACAACGACACAUUGUAAACGCUAAUCUUCCACGGACUGGAGCUGGCAUGGUGGAAGUCACGUCACUACUUAAAAAGCCUGCCUCCAUUACAGAAACUUCAUUUUCUCUACUAAUGGCAGAAGCAGCUUCAUAGAACAAGGAAACCUUUUAAAUAGCAAAUUUAAAUUGGAUGUACAUUUGAAAUUCUUUGUCUUUUUUUUUUAAAGCCACGUUAAAUUAUCCGUUUAUAAAUACUAAAGCAGGAAUAUGGGGAAAAGUGAAUUACAGUGACAUCAGAGCAAACUGAGUACUUCAAACAGUAAGUAGUCUAUAUAUUUUAUAUAGGACGGAAGCUGUGUUUUUAAGGUUUACUAAGUUUUGUCAGUUAAUGGUGUUCACUCGAUGAAAGAUCAGGACAUGUAAGCAGUCAUUAAUAAACUGUUGCACAUGAAUAACUUAAAGACAGACUUACUGGAAAAUUACAUUUUCUGCAGUGUUACCAGAAUCAAAGUUCUGUUUAUUCCCCACAAGACUUGCAUUGAAAAAUAAGAUAUUAUAUUUUGUUUGUAUGUAUUUAGUGUUUUGUAUAAUACCAGGAACCGCUAAACUAAAUUUACUCAACUUAGGGCAUUAAAUAUCAUGUACUUCAUAGUUUGAGACUGUUCACUCAAAUAGGGCAGAGUACUAUUCUAUCUAGAUGUGUAAGUGUUUUUUUAAAAUCACAUGGAACGGUUUUUUUUAUACUAAAAAGUGGAGGGAGAUUUGUUUAAACAAGUAUUUCUAAAAGAAAUAUGUACAUAGUCCUGGAAAUUAUUUGUGGUAAGGAAAUAUUCUUUACUCCAGUUGCAUUUCUCAGACAAUAAAGUGGUGCAUCCAUGCUACCUCCUACUUUGUCAACAAAGAUGCUAUUUACCCUUUACAUUUUUGUAUCAUAAUAGAUUUAAAAAAUCUAAUGUUCUUUAUUGCAAGACAUCCCUUUUGUUAACAGAUUUGUUUCUUUUUAAUGUUUUACUUAAAUUUUGACAUGCUUACAGGACAGGUUUGCCUCUUACUUUAUUUAACAUUGUAGAAAUGUAAUUAAUGAACAAUGCUCACUACACAAUUUAGAAUAGGCUUUCUCAUUUAUAUUCCAAAUUUGAUCAGUUAGCAAAACUUAAUACACCAAUUGAAAUAUUUCUACAUAUGAUGAGAAUGUUUACAAUUUAAAUUUUAGAACUUGUUUUGGAUGUGACUAUAUGUACGAAAAUCGUGUAACACUAUGCUCAUGCUAAGAACCGACAUAACGGAAUUACUGAAAUAAAUGUGCUGUGAGGAAUGGAAAAUAUGGUGCAGAUGUCUUGGUCAUGAUAAAUUGUGAUUCUUUUAAACUCUUUCCAAAAACAAAUUAGUUCUUUUAACCUGCAAUCAGAUUCCUUUACAAAUAACAGUUUUUGUAUGCAAGCACCAUUUCAUUUUAUUUCAUGUAGUAUGGCUAAUACUAUAGUUGAAACAAGGAUAUGCAUUGAUAAUUUUCUUCGUAUGUAAAUAAAGUUAAAAACAGUUAAAAUAAGGAGUAUUUUGGUAGAGUAUAUACAUACCUCACUGCCAGUGAAUUGCUUUCCUAUGGUAUAUCUCCUUACCAGAAAAAUCUCUAAAUAAAAAAAGACUUAAAGAAAAUUA